CCGCCCCCUGCGCAGCGGGACUCACAGCAGAGGAGCGGGCAGCGCAGGAUGAUGUCCCAGGAACCUAGGACAUACUUUCUUUUCCUGUUCUUUUUUCUGAGCCAUGGAGUGGCAAGUCAUAGCGUUCCAGAUUCCAGGCAGGAUUUGCAUCCAUUGUUGCAAAAAAUGGCAGAAGAAAUAAUAGAUGGAAGCUAUCUGAAUGCAUUACUGGAUCUCAUACAGUUUCAAAGCUCCCAUGGGUGGACAGCAGACCUGUGCCACAGAAUCCUGGCCUAUCUGAAUUCACGGAAUGUCACCUUCACCAUCCCCAGCCUGCAGGCAGCCAUGGAAAACCACCUGGAGCAGCGUCUGUAUCAGCCCCAGAAGCUGCUAGAGGACCUGAGAGACACAGAUGCUCAGCAAUUCCACACUGUGAUGAAAUGCCUCUUAGAAGACAAGAAGGACCUCUUGGAGCUGGAAGACAUCGUUAUUGACUUGGGAGAGAUUCGGAAACAAGCCUUGCAGAGCCCUGGCGUGAACCGCAGCCUGUUUCUCAUCACACUGGAGAGGUGUUUCCAGGUGCUGAACUCCCUGGAGUGUGUGGAGAUCCUGGGCAGGGUCCUGAGGGGCUCCUCAGGCAGUCUUCUGCAGCCAAACAUCCCAGAGAAGCUCCCCCAGGACCUGCGUGAGGACGCUUUCAAGAACCUAUCUGUGGUAUUCAAAGAUCUCUACGACCAAACCUCGGCUCAUUCCCAGAGAGCUCUCUAUUCCUGGAUGACUGGGAUUUUGCAGAUGUCCUUCAAUGCUACUGAUGACUCUGUUUCAUGGGUCAGUGCAGAAAACUUGUGGAUUUUGGGGAGAUACAUGGUUCACCUAUCACUUGAAGAAAUUGUGAAAAUUAGUCCCGUGGAAAUUGGGUUGUUUAUCAGCUAUGACAAUGCCACCAAGCAGCUGGACACAGUUUAUGACAUCACGCCUGAACUGGCCCAGGCGUUUUUGGAGAGGAUCAGCUCCUCCAGCUUUGACAUGAGGAAUAUCUCCACCAUUCACAGGUUGGGGCUGCUGGUCUGUUUCUACAAUGACCUGGAUUUGCUGGACGCCACAGUGGCCCAAGUCCUCCUUCACCAGAUGAUCAAGUGCAGCCAUCUGAGGGGCUUCCAGGCUGGGGUUCAGAAGCUCAAAGCUGACCUCCUGGACAUUGCCACGGAGAACCAGACCCUCAAUGAGACUCUGGGCUCUUUGUCGGAUGCGGUUGUGGGCUUGACCCAUAGUCAACUGGAAUCCCUCUCCCCUGAGGCUGUGCAUGGUGCCAUCUCCACCCUCAACCAGGUCUCAGGCUGGGCCAAGAGCCAGGUCAUCAUCUUGUCUGCCAAAUACUUGGCCCAUGAGAAGGUGCUGUCUUUCUACAAUGUCAGCCAGAUGGGCGUGCUGCUGGCUGGGGUUGGCACCCAGGCCUUCUAUGGCAUGGAUCGCAGGGACCUCUUGCAGGUCCUGAGAAGCACUAACUCCUUGCAUGUGUCUGACUUGUCACCUGCCCAGAAGCAAGGUGUCCUCAGCAAGAUGAUCGAAGCAGGAGAUACUACCUCAGGUAUUGUGGAAAUACAAGGGGCUUUCUUUAAGGAAGUGUCUCUCUUCGAUUUACGGGGGGAACCUGGAUUUAACACUACAGUCCUAAAGGAAAAGGAGCUUCGGAGGAGUCAGGCCUUGUUCCUGUAUGAGCUUCUGUCAAAGUCAACCAGAAGGCCUGAGGAGCUCCUGAGCACAGGGCAGCUGGUCAAAGGUAUGACAUGCUCCCACAUUGAUGCCAUGAGUGCGGACUCCUUUCUGGCCCAUUUCCACUAUUUUGAGAACAACCUCUCCCUGCUCUCACCAUAUCAGGUUAAUUGUUUGGCGUGGAAAUACUGGGAGGUCUCCAGAUCAUCUAUGCCACCUUUCCUCUUGGCUGCACUCCCGGCUCACCACCUGGCUUCUGUCCCAGCCUCCCAGUGUGUGCCCUUUCUGAUCAGCCUGGGGAAGAAUCAGUUGGACUCCUUGGUUUUAGAUUCCCACAAAAAGAAUUCGGUCCUUAGGAAGGUACAGCAGUGCCUGAACAACUCCAUUGCCGAUGAGUUUGCGGUAGACAUCGUGGGGAAACUGCUCUGCCACUUGCCCGCAGCCAUUAUCCACAGUGGGAUCUCCGCCCGGGCCUGGGCCACAGCCCUGCACGGACUCAGAGACUGCCCAGGCCUCAGCCCUGAGCAGAAGGCUGCGGUGAGGCUCAGGCUCCUGGAACAGUACGGACUCCCCCGGAACUGGACGGCUGAGACGAUGAAGGACUUGGGACCCUUUCUAGUACUUUUUUCAGGAGAUGAACUAAGCUCUGUUGCCACAAAGUUUCCUGAGAUCCUUCAGCAAACAUCUUUCAAGAUAGCAGGGACCUUGCCCCCGCCAGAAUUCCUCUGGGCUGUCUUUGAAUCUGUCUGGAACAGCAGUGAGAGGAACCCAAGCUCUCACCCCAGCCCUGGUUGCCAUGGUGUCAUGGCUCCUUCUUCCAGUGACAUCUUCAAGUUGGCAGAAGCCAAUGCCUGUUGGGCCCCCGAGGACCUGCUCUGCAUGGAGGAACACACGUUCAUCAGGAGUGUGGAGCUUCUGGGGGCCGUCAGGGCUUUCAGCCUGCCUCAGUUGGUAACCCUAAAGGAGAAGGCAGUACAGGUAUGGGACAUGCCUUCUUACUGGAAAGAGCACCAUAUCACCUCCCUGGGGCGCAUUGCUCUGGCUCUUAAUGAGAGUGAGCUGGAGCAGUUGGAUCUCAGCUCCAUUGACACUGUGGUUUCCCUAAGCCAGCAGACAGAGUGGACUCCCGGACAGGCUAAAUCCAUUCUCCAAGGGUUCCUGGAGGAUUCGGGCUAUAGUGUCCAGGAUCUGAAGAGCUUCCACUUAGUAGGACUUGGUACAACCCUGUGUGCUAUGAACAUCACCGAAAUCUCACUUAUAAAAAUCUCAGAAUUCAGGGUGGUGAUGGCCAGAAUUGGGACCCUGCUCUGCAGCAUCCACAUCUUGGCUGAGUUUAAGAGGAAGGCAGAAGCUGUAUUUGGGCAUCCCACCAAGUGGUCCAGCUCUGUCCUGCAGGAGCUUGGGACUAUUGCAGCUGGAUUAACUAAGGAAGAGCUCCAAAUGCUGGACAAGGAUCUGAUGCCAUAUUUCCAGCCAUCAGCAAUCAAAUGCCUUCCUGAUGAGAUAUUCAAAGAGCUGUCCGCGGAGCAGAUCGCGUGGCUGGGCCCCGAGAACGCGGCGGCGGUGACCCCGGGUCAGCGGCGGCAGCUCAGCCUGGUGCAGCUGCAGAGCCUCCGGCGGGCGCUAGAUGGCGCCAACACUCGCUCCUGGCCGGACACGCCCGCGAGCGCCCGGCCCACCUGGGCCCCUUCCUCGGGUUCUCCUCCUGGAGCCCCUGGCACCUGGGGUCUUUGGCUUGGCUGUCCUCUGCUGGUUAUCGUGCCUGAGACCAUGUGGUGAGUGCAUGUGCACACCGCCCUUUGGUGCCCAAGCAGCUGGCCCCACUGUGUGGAAACAGAGCACUUCAGACUGUGAGACCCCUACCCCACCCCACAGCCUCCAUUGGGGGCAGGGAGACCCCAGGGCCUUGAAAUUUAAAAGGCACCAAAAGGAAGAAUAAUUAUUAAAAAUGAUUUUUAAAAGGUCUCAAGCUGGCUUGUGUCCUCAGCAGGGAGCCAUUCUCUGCCCCAUUUCAGCCUCCCUUGCUUUCUGGCUCAGAGACAGAGAGAAACUGUGGGGGUGGGGAGGGGAAGGGUGUUUUC